CGUCGAACGACUGCAUACUUCCAGCAGAGGGACACAAAAACAACAUUAAACAAACCCUCAUGGAGCUUGAAAUCAUCGUUUUGCCGUUCCACUUACAGACACAUAGACAAAAGCACAACCAUCAUGUCGAUGUCAGCGGCGCAGGCGAGGGCAGCUCUUCAAGAGGUGAUGCAAUACGCGGAGGAGGGCAUCCACUACGAUGACGACGGGGAGCUUCGACUACUCACGGAGAGAGUGCCGAGUUACUUCGAUGUCAGAGUGAACGUUCGUGCAAGCAUCACUGCGAACGGAGAGGAGUCGCUCAGAGCACGGAUGCUAUUGGCACGGUUCACGGAGGCGCAUGAUUUGCGUGUAGACAACAGUGCUGAUACCAGUCCAUACAGUUUGAGAAAAGUGGUUGGUUGGAUGUGCACUGAAGGGAUGUCCAAUGAAGGGGACGUGGAUAUGACAAAGCAGCAGAAGGUUGGAACAUACAUGCCAGCUGAUUUCAAGCAGACGUUGAUGACACAGGCGAAGAAAUGGGGAAUGCUUGUUGAAGAUUCUAAGGACGAGAUGAAGAGCGGUGCAGCAGAAAUUUUAGUACUCUCGCGUUUGAAGGACAUACCGCAAGCUCCCCCGCAAGACUUCCAAAAUCUUCCAGUAAUUAUUGCAAACGGGGUGGAGUAUGUUUUACUCGACCAACUGGUGGAUUUCAUGAAAAAGAAACCUGACGAUCGGAAUGUCAUACUUGAGGCAUUGCAUGAUGUGACAGAGCAAGCACUGGCGGACAAAGACCUCAUUAACUAUAGGGUGCGGAGUGCGGACGAGGAUGUCGUAUGUGGUACUCCAUUGUGGGAUGAAAUAUUCAUGGCAACUUUGCAUCGCCUCAGCAUUGCGACUUCUGAGGUGGACAGAAAGAGGUCAAGGGAAGAAGGAUGGAAGUUGGUGGCCAUGGAAGCAGAUGUUGCACUUCACGCAGCAGAUGAACACACUUCAGCAGGGGAAGAAAUUGUGAGAACAGUCUCCAUCGUGCGUUCUCCAAUAAACACAAUGUCCACGGAGGAGGUAGAAGAAGAAGAUGUGUUCAAUGAGUGGACAAUGACAGAACAACAACGGGAACGAGGGUUCGAAGACUCUUCUUUACCGAUCGAUUUCGAAUAUGACAUUGAAGAAACAAGAGUGAGGAACAAUGAAAAAGAUGCGAGGGCGCCUAACUAUGAGGUGGAAGUGAGUGGCAGCGAUGUGAGCCGUGACAAGGAGGGUGAGGAAUAUGAUGCCUACUGGGAUAUGGAAGCAGGGGGAGGACAAACGUCAAAAGGGUGGCCACAUGCGAUUCUUAGGUUGACAAGUGUAUUUUCUAAUCCCCAUUUACUGUUGCGUGUCGUGCUAAAGGAGGCAACACCUGAGGGCGCACUCCAGUAUGCAGCACUGACGACCAUUAUGAGAUCAUGCUCGAACGGAAAAAGAUGGUCACAACCUCCCGGCGAGGGGAUCAACAUAUGUUGCUCUCGCACGGGCCAGUUGAGUCACCAUGUCCAAACUGUUAUCAGAGCGGACAAGGGUGUGGACACGAAUGGUAAAACACGUUAUGUCAUCCCUCUGUCUCUGUAUUUAGACAAGACUCAUGUAGACGGUCGUCAAAAGCAGUCAGCGUAUCCUCUGAUGAUGUCAAUAGUCGAUCGCGCAUCGGACGCCACACUCCUUACGUAUCUUCCUGUGCUUCAACACCGACCAUGUGACAAGGGCUGGGGUCUGCACUCCACCGCGUUUAGAAAACGGAAAGUUGUGAUAUUGCAUAAAGCGUUGUCAAUAGUAUUGAGGUCCACAAAGGAGGCAUCCCAUGACGGCAUGAUAGUUACAACGGAGCGGUUUGGUGAGAUAACAGUCCACCCUUUCGUCAUGAACUAUAUACAGGACUAUCCUGAAAGGUGUGCCCUUGCAAAUGUGAAAUUCGGUGUUUGUCCAACAUGCACAAUGUCCAAACACGAUUUCGAUGUCAUCGCCGAUUUCACCAACUGCAGGAGAUCGCAGACGCUAGAGACGCAACUUGCUGCGAACUGCUUCAACAAUGGGGACAACGAUAUUCAUCGUGCCGCAGAGGCACGAAUGUCAGAACUGAACAUGCAUAAGCAUGUUCAAGAGAACGGCCUUUGGGGAUUCUACAGGGGUCCGCAUGGUGACGAUCCUCAACUGGAUUACCAUCUCGCUUUGCGACCGGACCGUGCGCACACCAUUGAACACGGCAAUUUCUUGCAUAUGAUAGAUGCAUUCAAGGCAGCAGCUUAUAAGAAGUUGCCGGAUAUCGCGCAAACCGAGAUAUUGCACGAGAUGGAUGCGAGGUUGCAGAGCGUCAGUGAGAGAUGUGUGAGGACAUACCCGCAGCUCGUGUUGCCCAUGGCCACAGGUUCUGAUGAGUGGGAGCAUCAUUAUCAGAGGUUCUGCAAACAACCAUAUCUGGCAUCGAACAAGCGCAAGGCUGCUUCCCAGAUGGUGAAUCAUGUCCGACGCUCAUUGGCUUUGGAGGAUGAGAUGGAGAUUGUGAGAAAACGAAGAAAGAGAUCGGCAGAAAAUUGGUCAUCCGUGACAGACUGCAUGGCCACUGGAAUUAAUACCCUCGCAGCGCGCGACACAACAACUCUACAACUCCGGUGGUUCCAGAUGGACGGUGUGCAUUUGCCGGAGGUGGAGGGUAUAAGCAAUGCGGCGUUGAGAAUACUUAACGAGCUUCCCUGCAAAGAGGAUUUUCGAGCUGCGCUCGCGACGUUCAUGACAGAGAACGGCUGUCAACCUUCAUCUGAUAACCAAGUGAUACACACUCGAACACACGACGGGACGCACAGGGGCGCAGGCGUUCAAACGGCAAGAGCUUCACCACAGUUCCACGGGAGAGUCGUGCACAACGAUGUUGCAGUGAGAGGUGGGAAUGACAACAUAUGGUAUGCAUCAGUAGCCAUGUUUUUCGUCAUGAACACUUGCACAGGGAGUGUUGCGGAGAUGCACAAGUGUUGUUUUGUGCAAUGGUACAAAGAGGUGGAUAGCGAAAGGGAACACACAACAGGUUGUAAGAAGUUGCAAUGGGAGAAGGUAAACGGUUAUCAGCACAAUAGUGUCAUAACGAUUGACACCAUCAUCGAGACCAUGAUGACAACAGAUGACGUCCAAUAUCCUCAGAUGGUGCAUGAACCUUUGUUAAGUAUUGCAGGGGGCAAUCGGUCAAGAGUCACGGAGAACAAUGAUGGCCAGAAACGACCUAUUGCGAUCGUCAUGGAUUCUUUUCAACAGAGCGGCCGACAGGAAUGGAAGGCGUUGCGUACAUUUUUGUGGUAUGAAUACCUCAACGAGGCAGACAAAGCAGGGGUGUUGACUCCCGAGACCGUGAACACGUCGUGGGUGACAUGCAGAGAUGUACUUGGAUCUAAUGAGGAAGGCGAAGAAGAAGACUCCGACGAACAAAUGUCAGAAGAAGUAGAACAUGAGAGAAUGCAAGAACAAGGAAAAGGUGACGACAGUGACGCUGACCAUGAUGUCGAUGCAGAGGAGAGCAAUCCGGAGGGAAAUAGAAUCAGCGACAACACGGACAGAUCCGAGGAGGUCGAAGAGGAAGAGGAAGGCAACAGUGAAGACGAAGAAACAGAGAUUACAUCUGCUGUAAACAGUGCAAAAUGCGGAACUGAUGAAAAAAAGGCAGGCGCACUAGAGACUUCAUCGAAUGACAAACAAAUUGUGCAGAGGGAGAAUGUACCGCUACAGGGUAAGAUGAAGGGCGCCUUAUAAAGACACCACUAUGUGUGCACAGCACAAACGUUUUCCGUGCUGCCGAAACGAC